AUGAUCUUCUUAGAUAGAACUUAAUAUAAUACCAAAAAAUUUUGUUGGGGUAACAAAAAUAAACGACUAAUUCUAUUACUGGAUAGUAAUUAAUAAUCAUCUAUUUUGACUAUAACUUCUGUAAAGAGUUAGAAAGAAUUAUAAAAAAAUGAUAGAUAGUAAAUUACUUAGAGCUCAAAGAUUCUAUAUCCAAGUAAAAGUCUUAGUAGAAUUUAAUAAGAUAAUAAAAAUUGUAUUGACCUGCAAAUAUAAAGUGUGUUGGAUUAGAAAUCAAAUUCUAAUAGGAGGGUAACUUAAGCCGCAAAAAAAACUGUAGUUGAGGAAGAACCUUCAAUUUUUAGUGCUAAGUCUUAACAAAGGUUUUAUAAAGGUUUUAAAAAUAUUCCUUCUUUGUUAACAGAAAAUGAUGAUGAUUCAUUUUACUAAAGGAAAUCAAUUUGCAAGUUAGAAAGCUUAGAAAAUGUUUAAAGACCUAUAAGAUAAUAUUUUUUAUCACCUUAAUCAUCAAAAAGUAAUUCACAAAACAAUCUAUAAAUUGAAUAGGUUAUAAAGAAGAAAUUCAAUUCAAUGCUUACUAAAUAAAAAUAAGAAAAAUAAUAGAUUCAAUUGAGUUUAUAGCUAGGAAAAUAAGAUAAAUUACCUUAAUUACCAUAACUCAGCAGCUAAUAAAAAUUUAGGAGCAAGUAUAAUUUAUCAGAAUAAAUAAAAAAAUCAAAUCAACAAGAAGAGUAGACAAAAUGUGUCUAUUCUUAAAUGACCCCCUAAAAUAAUAAUUCGUAGAUAAAUUGUUUACAAUAAAAAAACAAAUUAGAAUAAACAAGAUGGCUAAAAAAUUAACAAUAAACAAAGAAAAAAUUAUUUUAAGAAUAAAAUUUAAUUUAAUAACUGUUCAAAUAAUAAGAUGGCUCUCCCCAAAGAAAUAAUUUUAUUUUCUAAAAUUUUUAAGAAAAAUAGCUUGAUGACAUCUAAGACAUACAAGUUUAGAAUAGCAAUGAGGAUUUUAUUCUUAAUGAAAAUGAAUAAAAUUAAUAGUUUAAUAAAUUUAAUUAUAUCUUUAAAGAAAAUGAGUAUAAUGAAUCAUUAGAUAAUGAGUUCAAUUAGAUAAAUAGCAAUAAUUGCUAGAAUCGAUAUAAUAACCAAGAAAAAGACAAAUUAUUAGAAAUUCAACAAAAAAACUAAUAAUUUAAGGGUUUCAAGUAUACCUUGCUCAAAGAUCUUCACCCUAUCAUGGAGAUAAUUAAUUUUGAAGAUGGUUCAUAUGAAAUAAAAAAAAAUUAUAAAGAAAAUGAUUGUAAACUUAAUUUGGGAAAUCAGCAAAUGGCAGGAGAUAUAAAAGAUUCAGAUUAGAAGAAAAAUAAUUAGAAUUACUAUAGUGAUUUCUUUGGCUCAGAUAAUGUUCACCACUUAUAUACAUUCAAGCACAUAAAUAAAUUGAGUGAUUAAGCAGAGGAAUCAUAAGUAGAUUUGCACUUAUUAAAAGCAGAAAAUAAUACUAUUACUAGUGAGAAUUAAACAAUCAGAAAAGGAAGAAUUUAGCAAAGUAGCAGCAAUAACGAUAGUCCAAUAAACUUUAUCAAUAUUAAUAACAAUAAAAUAAAUUAAAUAGUAAAUUACAGCAUAUUAAACAACAACAAUAACAACGAUCUUUUCAAGAAUAAUAAUCAAGUUUAAGAUAAAUCACCAAAUUAAUAGUAAUAGCAAUAUAUUCAAAAUUAGGAAAGAGCAAGGAGUAGUUCUUCAAAUACAAGGACAUAGAUGAAGCAACAAAAUUGUAAGUUUUAUGAAGGAGAUGAGUCCCUAUUCGAAACAUACUCCCUUGAAAAGUGUUUUGCAAAAAGCAAUAGCUAUGUUUAUGAGGCUAGAAAUCGUUUAAAUGACUCUUUGACAGAAUGCGUCAAACAAGUGAGAAUAACAGAAAGAGACUGUACUUAUGAAUAAUUCAUAAAUGAGUGUAAUAUUCUCGAAAAAACAAAGCUUUUCCCUCAUGAAAAUAUGAUUAAAUUCUACGGAUACUUUAUAACAAAGGAAAAUAAUGACAGCUAAAUAUUAAUUGGAAAUAUAGUCAUGGAAAGAGGAAAGCAGUCUUUAAAAAUGUUCAUGCAGCAACGUUAAAACUAAAACAAAAAGCAACAAGAAGAAUUAAGCAUAUCUUAGGUAGAAACAACUAAGUCAAAAUAAAUCUAAAAUCAAUCAGAGAUUGAUGGUGCAUACUUUAAUGAAGUAGAGGUAGUAGAAUUUAUGAAAAGCAUGAUUGAUGUUCAUUAUCACUUGCAAAAAAAUAAUAUUGCUCAUAGAGAUAUAAAACCUUAGAAUAUUCUUAUUGUAGAAGAUGAUGAUCAAAAUAUUGUUUAUAAAGUUUGUGACGUAGGUAGUGGAGUAGGUUUAGAGUCUUCUAGCUAAUACACCCGUACAAGGACUGUUGCUGGUACAGAAGUUUACAUGUCACCAGAAGUAUAUACAGGAAUUUACAAUACAGUUACUUAAUAUAAUCCUUUCAAGAGCGAUGUUUUCUCUUUAGGACUUGUAUUCUUGGAGUUCCUUACUUUUAAAUUGGUAGAUAAAGAUAAAAAAGUUAGACUAGAUAAAGAUAAAUAUAUGGCAGAGGUUAAGGAGUUGAGACACGAAGCCAAAAAAAGAUAUAAAUACAUUUUCGGAUUAAAUAAAAUUCUAAAGCAAAUGCUUGUUUACAAUUAAAAUGACAGAGUAACCUUCUAAGAUUUAUAUUAGCAGGUCUUUGAAGAAAACAGGCUUACAAUUUUGAGUAGCAGACAGUAAUAACUUGAAAGAUUACAGUCAAGUAUAUGGGAAGAAGUAAUGAAUAAAGACAAUAUUAUGGAGCUGCUUGAGGACUCUGUUAAAAACAAUGUAUCCUCAUUUCGUAUAGAACUUAACUCUGUUUAGCCAAAAUAAUUAAUUGAAUAAUUCACAAAGCUAAAAGAAACAAUCAAGAGAAUAAUGCUAAAAAAGCUUUUUCUAUCUCUGGAUUAAAUAUUUUUAACUGUGGAGUAAUCAAAACUGCUAGGUGAAGCUAUAUCCAAAUCACAGCUAUUAGUAAAUUUAGAGCUCUCUUUAUUCUAGAGUUCUUUAGGGGAAUAGGGGUGCAUUUACUUAUUAUAAGGGGUAUCUGCUUGCUUAAAGCUAAAAGUUUUAAAAAUAAACAUUUCAAAUAAUAUGAUUGGUUCUUAGGGGAUUAUUACAGGAUUAUAAAAUUUAGCAAAACUGACUUAAUUGAGUGAAUUAAUACUAGAUCUAAGUCAAAAUCAACUAGGAUUAGAAUGUGUAGAUACUAUUUGCAAUGUGCUUUAGGCUUGCAAUUAACUUAAAAAACUCGAAUUAAAAUUAGCCAAUAACAGCAUUACUUAUAAAGGUGUAAAAUAAAUGAAAGAUUCUUUUGAAAAGCUCAAGCAGCUACAGUCAUUCUAUUUAAAUUUGAGUUAAAAUUAAUUUUUUGCUGACUAAGGCUUCAUUCAAGUCGGAAAUCUUAUUGAAAAUAGCACUUAAUUGAGAGAACUUACAAUUGUAGUUUAAGUGAAUUCUAUUCAAAAUAGAGGAUUAAAAGAAUUUUCUUUAUGCUUAUAAAACUUAGUAAAUCUUAGACAUUUCAAUCUUUACAUUUGGGGAAACUAAAUAGAAGGAGCAGGAUUUGAAUAACUUGGAAAAGCUAUUUAAGCUUUAGAAAGUUUAGAAUCUAUACAGAUGAAUUUAACAAAUAAUAGCGUUACUUCUCUGGGAUUGUCUGAAAUUGAGAAAGGAUUAACAAAUAAAAAAAGAAUUACUAAAAUAAGACUUUAAAUGGAAGGAUGUGGUUUAGUGUCAGAAGAUAUGAUUUAUGUAGGAAGAAUCAUGAGCAUUUAGCAACUCAAAACUGUUUCUCUCAAUAUAUAAAAUAACAAAUUAGAUGACAAAGCAGCUCUAUUCAUAGCUUCAGGAUUACAAUAUUCUAAGUGCAUUGAGGAGUUCAAUUUGAACUUGAGUGAUUCAAAUAUUUCAGGUCCAAGUCAUCUUUAAAUUUGGAAGUAACUGUUACAAGGAAAAUUCUUAAAUAGCGUUUAUUACAGUGCAAGAAACAAUCAACUUGACGAUAAAACUUUAGAUCAAAUUAUUAAAAUGGGAGAGUCAUUUAAAAAACUGAAAUACUUUUGUUUAGACUUGGAAUCAAACCAGUUUACUGAAGGAAGCAAGAAGAAAUUUGAGCAAGACUUGCGUGCUUAUUUCAAGAAAAAUAAAGUUUUGGAGCUUAUAAUAUGA